AUGGCGUUUAUUAAAGAGGAGAGUGAAGAUGUGAAGAUUAAAGAAACAUUCACAGUCAAACAGGAAGAUCUGCAGGAACAAACAGACCUAAUUGGAGACAAGGAGGGGAGUAAAGAGGAGGAACAUCAUGUUAAAAUUGAGGACAAAACUCAUUUACAGACUGAUGGUAUAUUGAAAAGGAGAGACGAGAAUCGUUUCACUUGCACUCCGUGUGGAAAGAUUUUGGGAAGCAAAAGCAAACUUAAGAUUCACAUGAGCAUCCACACAGGAGAGAAACCAUUUACAUGCACUCAGUGUGGGAAGAGUUUCAGCAAAUCAUCAUCCCUUAAUCAACACAUGAGGAUCCACACUGGAGAGAAACCAUUCACAUGCACUCUGUGUGGGAAGAGUUUUAGCUUAUCAUCAUCCCUUAAUCUACACAUGAGGAUCCACACUGGAGAGAAACCAUUUACAUGCACUCGGUGUGGGAAGAGUUUCAACUGCUCAUCAAACCUUAGUAAACACAUGAUGAUCCACACUGGAGAAAAACCAUUCACGUGCACUCAGUGUGAGAAGAGUUUUAGGAUAUCAUCAUCCCUUAAUCUACACAUGAGGAUCCACACUGGAGAGAAACCAUUCACAUGCACUCAGUGUGGGAAGAGUUUCAGCCAAUCAUCAUCUCUUAAUAAGCACAUGAGGAUCCACACUGGAGAGAAACCAUUCACAUGCACUCAGUGUGCGAAGAGUUUCAACCGAUCAGAACACCUUAAUCUACACAUGAGGAUCCAUACCGGAGAGAAAUCAUUCACUUGCACUGAGUGUGAGAAGAGUUUUACCUGCUCAUCAAACCUUAAUCUACACAUGAGGAUCCACACUGGAGAGAAACCAUUCACAUGCACUCAGUGUGGGAAGAGUUUCAGCCAAUCAUCACACCUUAAACAUCACAUGAGAAUCCACACUGGAGAGAAACCAUUCACAUGCACUCAGUGUGGGAAGAGUUUCAGCCUAUCAUCAAACCGUAAUAAACACAUGAGGAUCCACACUGGAGAGAAACCAUUCACCUGCGCUCAGUGUGGGAAGAGUUUCAGCCAAUCGUCACACCUUAAUCUACACAUGAUGAUACACACUGGAGAGAAACCAUUCACAUGCACUCAGUGUGGGAAGAGUUUCAGCCUAUUAUCAUCCCUUAAUCUACACAUGAUGAUCCACACUGGAGAGAAACCAUUCACAUGCACUCAGUGUGGGAAGAGUUUCAGCCUAUCAUCAAACCGUAAUAAACACAUGAGGAUCCACACUGGAGAGAAACCAUUCACAUGCGCUCAGUGUGGGAAGAGUUUCAGCCAAUCAUCACACCUUAAUCUACACAUGAUGAUCCACACUGGAGAGAAACCAUUCACAUGCACUCAGUGUGGGAAGAGUUUCAGCCAAUCAUCACACCUUAAUCUACACAUGAUGAACCACACUGGAGAGAAACCAUUCACAUGCACUCAGUGUGGGAAGAGUUUCAGCCAAUCAUCGAACCUUAAUCUACAUAUGAGGAUCCACACUGGAGAGAAACCAUUCACAUGCACUCAGUGUGGGAAGAGUUUCAGCCUAUUAUCAUCCCUUAAUAUACACAUGAUGAUCCACACUGGAGAGAAACCAUUCACAUGCACUCAGUGUGGGAAGAGUUUCAGCCAAUCAUCACACCUUAAUAAACACAUGAGGAUCCACACUGGAGAGAAACCAUUCAUGUGCACUCAGUGUGAGAAGAGUUUCAGCCAAUCAUCACACCUUAAUAAACACAUGAAGAUCCACACUGGAGAGAAACCAUUCACAUGCACUCAGUGUGGGAAGAGUUUCAGCCAGUCAUCAUCCUGUAAUCUACACUUGAGGAUCCACACUGGAGAGAAAUCAAACAACAGAAUUUCGCAUGCUUAAACUCUAGUAUGACCGCAGCUUUGGUGUGGG